UUUUAUAUUUGAAAGGAUGGAUGAGGGUUUCAAUUGACGGCUCGACUUGGCGUUGUAUUGCCUUAGCUUUACCCUACUACAGAGCUGCCACACUCCCUUCUUCCGCCGCCUCGCUGCUUCCUCCGUCGCCGGCGGUGAGUAGAAGGCUGUUUAAUUUCACACGUUGCUAUUCUGUUUCAACGCCGAUGGGUUCUCAGCCGGAAGUAUUGGAUUGGCCGGCCAAUAAGGUCCGGGAGACUUUUAUCAGCUUCUUCCAAGGGAAAGAUCAUAAAGAGGUUCAAUCCAGUCCUGUAGUUCCUCAUAAUGACCCUACUCUUCUAUUCGCUAAUGCUGGAAUGAAUCAGUUUAAGCCUAUUUUCUUGGGUAUUGUUGACCCUAAUAGUCCGUUGAGUAAACUUAAGCGUGCCUGCGAUACACAGAAGUGUAUUCGUGCUGGUGGAAAGCAUAAUGAUCUUGAUGAUGUUGGUAAGGAUACUUACCAUCACACAUUCUUUGAGAUGCUUGGUAAUUGGUCAUUUGGGGAUUAUUUCAAGAAGGAGGCAAUUGGAUGGGCCUGGGAACUCCUUACCCAGGUAUAUAGACUGCCAAGUGAACGGAUUUAUGCCACUUAUUUUGGGGGUGAUGAAAAAUCUGGCCUUCCAGCGGAUAAUGAAGCUAGAGACCUAUGGCUUAAGUUCCUACCCCCUAGCAGAGUGCUGCCUUUCGACUGCAAAGUAUGUUAUUGCACUGUAUCUCCAAUUCUGUCAUCUUGCUCAAAUUCAUCAUUUUCUGUUUGGUGCAUUAGUAAUUAA